AAUUUUUUAAUCCUAUAAAUAAUUUUCGGAGUAAGUAGACUUGAGGUUUGGUUAUGAUCGGAAUGAUCCCAAAUGAUGAAAAAUGGCGUAACCCAGCCGGUUCUUACCGCAAGUGAAUCAACGAUAUCACCCUCGAAUAAUAAAUUUCAUCAUACUCUACAUGAUACAUAAAAUAUUAAUUGACGUAAUAUGGCUCAUCAGUUGUUAUCAUCGGCAUGCAAAUUAGAGAGAUUUGUGCUAAAGUCUAUGCAGAAUGGUCGUAUUAAUCGUACAGAGUUAAACCGAACGUUAUCACUACUGAAACAUGAUCCAAGAUUAUCAGUUUUGGAGCGUUCACUGCAGCAACAAUGGAGGUUAUUAUCAGAGAAAGUUCCAAAGGGAUUUGAGAAAUUCUUCAAGCCAGGUGGUGCCAAAGAGCCACCGAAAUCGGCGGAGCAGGCCUCCAAGGAGGCCAAGUCAGCCCAGGGAGAGCAGAAGACCACCACUCCCCCUCUAAAACGCCCACCAUUGAGACCUAGUCAAACACCAGUAGAUCAAUUCUUAUCAGGUUUAUUCAGCUCCAGUAGUAAAGGAAGUGGUGGUGGACCCGGUGGUGGCAAGCCCUUCGAAGGAAACGACAGGGAUAAAUGGAUUAUUGGUGGGAUCAUUGGAGCUGUUGGUGUUAUCGGAGCCAUGACCUUCUUCGAUGUUGGCAGCAAGGAAAUUACGUGGAGGGAAUUUGUAUACAGUUAUUUAAAUAAAGGUGUAGUCGAAAAAUUGGAGGUUGUUAAUAAAAAAUGGGUACGAGUGCGAUUGUUACCUGGCCAGAGCAUCGAUGGUUCGACGUCAUUGUGGUUCAACAUCGGCAGUGCCGAUACAUUCGAAAGAAAUCUCGAGAAUGCUCAACUAGAAUUGAACAUUGAGCCCCAAAAUCAUCUUCCAGUUAUUUAUAAAUCAGAGGUUGAGGCAGGAACAAUUGUUUCAUACCUUCCAACACUUCUCAUAGUUGCACUCCUAAUAUCUGCGAUGCGCAGAUCUGCUUCGUUCAUGGGUGGUAAAGGAGGAAAAGGAGGUGGACUAUUCGGUGGAGUCAUGGAGUCGACAGCAAAGUUGAUAAAUUCUAAUCAGAUUGGUGUCCGAUUCAAGGACGUGGCUGGUUGUGAGGAAGCUAAAAUCGAAAUAAUGGAAUUUGUGAACUUUCUGAAGAAUCCCCAACAGUAUAUAGACCUUGGUGCCAAAAUUCCCAAGGGGGCAAUCCUCACAGGUCCCCCUGGUACUGGUAAAACACUCUUGGCAAAGGCAACAGCCGGUGAGGCGAACGUUCCAUUCAUCACAGUGUCUGGCUCAGAGUUCCUCGAGAUGUUUGUCGGUGUUGGUCCAUCAAGGGUUCGUGAUAUGUUCGCCAUGGCUCGUAAACACGCUCCUUGUAUAUUAUUUAUCGAUGAGAUUGAUGCAGUUGGGAGAAAACGUGGGGGCAGGAAUUUCUCCGGCCACUCGGAGCAGGAGAAUACGUUGAAUCAGCUUUUAGUUGAGAUGGAUGGUUUUAACACAACGACGAAUGUGGUAGUGCUAGCAGCAACCAACAGAAUUGACAUUUUGGACGGAGCGCUGUUGCGUCCAGGUCGUUUCGACCGCCAGAUAUUCGUGCCAGCCCCUGACAUUAAGGGUCGUGCAUCGAUAUUCAAAGUUCACUUGAAACCCCUCAAAACGACACUCGACAAAGAAGCACUGGCACGAAAAAUGGCAUCAUUAACGCCUGGCUUCACAGGAGCUGACAUUGCCAAUGUGUGUAACGAGGCAGCUCUCAUCGCUGCACGAGAUCUCUCGAACAACAUUGAGAUGAAGAAUUUCGAGGCUGCUAUUGACAGAGUUGUGGCUGGAAUGGAGAAGAAGACGAAUGUUCUGCAGCCCGAGGAGAAGAAAACAGUGGCUUAUCACGAGGCUGGGCAUGCUGUUGCUGGAUGGUAUCUGGAGCAUGCAGAUCCCAUUCUCAAAGUAUCAAUCAUUCCUCGUGGCAAGGGCCUCGGUUACGCACAAUACUUGCCUCGCGAGCAGUAUCUCUACUCCACCGAGCAAUUGUUCGAUCGUAUGUGCAUGACACUCGGUGGCCGUGUCUCCGAGGAGAUAUUCUUCAACAGAAUAACGACAGGUGCACAGGAUGAUUUACAGAAAAUAACGAAAAUAGCGUAUUCACAGAUAACGAGUUACGGUAUGAAUGAGAAAGUGGGUCAGAUCAGUUUUGAACAGCCUCAACCUGGUGAAAUGGUGUUGGAUAAACCGUACUCGGAAUUUACAGCACAGUUGAUUGAUCAGGAAGUGAGGGAUCUCAUUAAGAGGGCGUAUGAACGCACGACGGAACUUUUGUUGAAGCAUAAGGAUGAUGUGUUGAAGGUGGGCGAAAGAUUACUCGCCAAAGAAAUUCUAAGCAGAGACGACAUGAUUGAACUCCUGGGACCCCGACCCUUCCCCGAAAAAUCCACGUACGAGCAAUUUGUCGAGGGUACUGGCUCCUUCGAGGAGGACACCUCCCUACCAGAGGGCCUCAAAGACUGGAACAUUUCGAAAGAUGGUAAAGAGAAGAAAGAAUCACUCCCCGAGGACAAAGUUCCCCCAGCGUCGACAAAGCCACCCAAGGAUGAAUCCCAACAGAGAUUGUAAUUAUAUGUUUCUGGUCCACCUGUAGAUUCAAGUUCAUCUCGUGUACCACACUUGUACUUUGUAUAAUAGUUUAACAACAAAAAUAUAACAUACAUUCAUUGAUA